AUGGACCUGGUUCCGGGCUGGUUGCGUUCGGUGUUGCACCGCGAUAGCCUGGAUGAGAGCCCAAUCUUGGCCGUUGAGCGGCUCGGCUCACUCGACCGACCCCUCCAAGACACAGACAAGGAUGUCCUUCUGGGUGCCGUCUUAACCAUGAGCUCCAGCCUUCAUGUUGCUCUGGGGAUGCUCCAGCAAGCGUUGCCCCUGGAGAAGUCGCAAGAACGGUUGGGCGAGGUCUUAUGCCCGACACUCGGCCAUCUGCUCACUUCGCUUCGGGGCACUAUGUACUCCUUUGAGCAAAACGGCGCGCCAGUGGCCGGCCCGGCAUCUCCAUCACUACCGCCAGAGCCGAGCGCUGAGAAAGACAUUCCCGAGCCGGCAACGCCCCAAGUCCCUAGCAGCAAGACCAAAAUCAACUCUCGCCCAUCAACUCCUUCCUCGCGGCGGAGACAACGGCCAAUCAGUACUCGGACAGACAAUACCGAGAGGUUUCCGUCAUAUCGGGACAGCACGUCCACCAGCCACUUGCAUUUUGAGCUUGACAUCCAUACAAGGUCGGAAUCCCACCUUACCAAGUCUCUACAGGCCGAGAAACGUGUUCACGCCGCUAUCCGCGUCGCGAUCGAGUCCCUCGAGUUUGCCGAAGGCCAACUCAAAGUUGUCCGGGAAGUCAACCAGUUACACGGUGGGGACUUUGAGCCGAUCCAACGGCAUUUCUAUGAGGGAUACAACCGUCUCUUGCUCCGUGCUCUAGAGCUGCAACGCCGAGAAUCUGGCCUAUUGUCCAACCGGGAAAGCCUGAUCUCGGCCGCGCCUAUCCGGGAACAACAGCCAUAUCAGCAGCCAAAUAGUUACGCAUCGGCGCAGGCAACCGCAACACCAUCGAGACAGCCCUCCGUGUCGUUCCAGACGAUCCCGGCCUCACAGUCCCCGGCCACCACGCCACGGCCCGUUGCAAAUUCCCAUGCCGCAGCACGUUUGGAUCGGCAACCCUUAGAGCGGAGAAAUACAAUACCAGGAAUCAAACAGGAAGGCGAGCAUUCACCCUCACACCACCCACCCACCCCCCCCCCACCAAGUAGGCCAACCCUCAAGCGUCGAAUGUCGCUUGCCGACGAGCUUGCCAUGGCCGGUGAGGACUCCGAGAGUGGAUAUCAAGACGAAACCUCUGAAAUAGCAAGCUCCGCCAGUGAGCGGGAUGAAUCUGACCUUGAAUCUCGCGACGAGACACCAUCGAGUGCGGAAAAGCCGGGCAACCACGGGGGAUACAGCACCACUGAUGAUAGUGCCGGGGAUGAAAGUCCGGGCGACAGCGAGUCCGAUGAUGAUGACGGCUCUAGGGACAAAACCCUCAGGGCUCCUGACCUCCGCGGCUACAGCCCAAAUUCCACCAACAAAAUCAAUCAUUCGAAACUUAGGCUAUCUAAGAAGCAUCUGUAA